AGUCCUGUCCUACAGCAUGGGACAGCCCAGGACGCAGGACCGGUGUUGCACCUGGCUUUCCGAGGGUCUCUGCAGAUGCCACAAUGCACGUGAAGAAGCACCUGCUGAAGUGCCUGCACCGGCUGCAGAAGGGCCCCGGCUACACGUACAAGGAGCUGCUGGUGUGGUACUGUAACAACACGAACACCCAUGGCCCCAAGCGCAUCAUCUGCGAGGGGCCCAAGAAGAAGGCCAUGUGGUUUCUGAUCACGCUGCUCUUUACCUCCCUCGUCUGCUGGCAGUGGGGUGUCUUUAUCAAGACCUACCUGAGCUGGGAGGUCAGCGUCUCCCUCUCCAUCGGCUUCAAGACCAUGGACUUCCCCGCCGUCACCGUCUGCAAUGCCAGCCCCUUCCAGUAUUCCCGAGUCAGGCAUUUGCUGAAGGAUCUGGACGAACUGAUGGAAGCGGUCCUGGAGAGGAUCCUGGCUCCCGAGCAGAGCUACGGCAACGCUUCUCGGGCUCUGAACUCCACCCUCUGGGACUACAUGCCGCUGGUCCUUAUUGACGAGCAGAACCCCCACCGCCCAGUGGUCCUUGACCUCUUUGGGGACAACCACAAUGGCUCGGCACCAGGAAGGACCUGCACUGCGCAGGCGUGCAAAGUGGCCAUGAGACUAUGCAGCCUCAACGGGACCGUGUGCACUUUCCGGAACUUCACCAGUGCCACCCAGGCUGUGACAGAGUGGUACCUCCUGCAGGCCACCAACAUCUUCUCUCAGGUGCCAAACCACGAGCUAGUGGAGAUGGGCUACCCUGCCGAGCGGCUGAUUCUGGCGUGCCUGUUCGGGGCAGAGCCCUGCAGCUACAGGAACUUCACGUCCAUCUUCCACCCUGAUUAUGGAAACUGUUACAUCUUCAACUGGGGCAUGACGGAGAAGGCGCUCCCUUCGUCCAACCCCGGAGCUGAGUUUGGCCUGAAGCUGAUCCUGGACAUAGGCCAGGAUGACUAUGUGCCCUUCCUCACGUCCACGGCCGGUGCCCGGCUGAUGCUCCAUGAGCAGAGAUCAUACCCCUUCAUCAAAGACAAGGGCAUCUACGCCAUGUCUGGGACAGAGACAUCCAUCGGGGUGCUGGUGGACCGGCUGGAGCGCAAGGGAGAGCCCUACAGCCAGUGCACCAUGAACGGCUCCGACGUCCCCGUGCGAAACCUUUACAGCGACUACAACACCACCUACUCCAUCCAGGCCUGUAUCCGCUCCUGCUUCCAAGACCACAUGAUCCAGAACUGCAGCUGUGGGCACUACCUGUACCCCCUGCCCCGUGGGCAGAGCUACUGCAACAACCGGCAGUUCCCCGACUGGGCCUACUGUUACUCACACCUGCGCAUGAGUGUGGUCCAGAGGGAGACCUGUAUCAACAUGUGCAAGGAGUCCUGCAAUGACACCCAGUACAAGAUGACCAUCUCCAUGGCCGACUGGCCUUCGGAGGCUUCCGAGGAUUGGAUUUUCCAUGUCUUGUCUCAGGAGCGGGACCAAAGCACUAAUAUCACCUUGAGCAGAUCCAGGAGAAAGCCUGAAGGAGGCGGCACUGGAAAGGAGAGGCCAGCCAGUGGGACUCAGUCUACCCCUUCCCAAAGGAAGGGAAUUGUCAAGCUCAACAUCUAUUUCCAAGAAUUCAACUAUCGCACCUUUGAGGAGUCUGCAGCCAAUAAUAUCGUUUGGCUGCUGUCAAACCUGGGUGGCCAGUUUGGCUUCUGGAUGGGGGGCUCUGUGCUGUGCCUCAUCGAGUUUGGAGAGAUCCUCAUCGACUUCGUGUGGAUCACCAUCAUCAAGCUGGUGGCCUUCGCCAAGAGCCUGCGGCAGAGGCGGGCCCAGGCGCGCUACGCCGGCCCGCCGCCCACCGUGGCUGAGCUGGUGGAGGCGCACACCAACUUCGGCUUCCAGCCCGACGUGGCCAGGCCGGGCCCUGACCCCGGGACCUAUGCCGAUGAGCAGACCCUGCCCAUCCCGGGCACCCCACCCCCCAACUAUGACUCCCUUCGUCUGCAGCCACUGGACGUCAUUGAGUCGGACAGUGAGGGAGAUGCCAUCUAGACCCAGGGAGCCCAGAAGUCAGAUCCCAGAAGCCCAAGGCUUCACUUUGCAGCGCUCUCCCCAGAGGGCGAGGACGAUGGGUCUCCGAAGCCAGAGUCUGUCCCUCUACAGAGAGCCCAGCAGGUCCUGGCCUGCCCCAAGCUGAGGGCUGUGCGGGGUCACAGUGCUGGUGUGGACGUGGGAAAUGUGUAGUCAUUCGGUUCCUCCCUUACCUCCAGCCUGGCCUGAUCUUUGGGACGUCCCCAGCCAGGCUCCGGAGACCCUAGAACACCCUCCCUCGCAGGCACUCCGCUUUCCUCCCAGUGCCAGCCACCGUCUGCUCCAGAGACACACGGGCGGGCAUGCGGCCUCUUCCAUCCUGACCUUGGCUGAGUGGGGGCAGCGGCUGUGCACAGCAGGAGGAGCAGCAGGGGCAGGGAUGGGGGUCUGCUGCCAGGUGGCAAAUGUUAUGUUCUAGAAAAUAAAAGUAGAAAACAAA